AAUGGGACGGGCCAGUAACCGGAAGUGGUCUUGCGCGCUUUCUGCGCGAAAUUAAAGAGUGGCGGGAGUCGUUGUCAGAUCAGACCGUCUUUGGGGGAAAAAAUUGUAGUCAUGGAAUAUAAAAAGCGCAAUGGUGGACCUUUCACGGGUGGCAUUUCCCAAGCCAAACGCAACAAGAUGGCCAGCGAACGGGAGGACAGUCCCUCGCACUUUGAGGAGGAAUUAUCCAUGUUUGAUGAUGUGGACAUGGAUUCAGAGGAGUUGGAGGGGCAAGCCGGGCAUGACGUUAUCCCCGUUGGUGACCUCUUUUCGACAGACCUUAAUCCUCGCUGGCAUAGACCUCAUGCUCCUUCGCUCGACCCAUCCUCUGAUUCUUUGGUGUUUCAACAGAUUGAUCUGGACUAUUAUUUAGGAACGACCAUAAAAGGCAUGCCCGGUCAGUCAUAUGGAAGAGUCCCCAUCAUUCGAAUGUUUGGAGUGACGGACAGUGGAAACAGCGUGUGUUGUCACGUUCACGGGUUUGCACCUUACUUCUACGUCCCGGCCCCAAACGGGUUCACACCAAAUUACUUGGGCGACUUCAAACGAGAACUCAACGCCGCUGUGUUGAAGGACAUGCGCUCCAACAAAGACAACAUCUCGGUCACCGUGCUGGCUGUGGACAUCACCCGCAAAGAAAAUAUGUACGGUUACCACGGCAGCAAAAGCGUGGAUUUCUUGCGGAUAACCAUGGCCAUGCCUCGUCUCAUCGCCCCCGCCAAGCGAUUGCUGGAACAGGGCUUGAAGUUUGGACCUUUCCCCAUCCAGUGUUUCCAAUCCUUUGAGGCCAACAUCGAUUUUGAAAUAAGAUUCAUGGUGGACUGUGAUGUGGUCGGAUGCUGCUGGAUCGAACUUCCCAAAGGCCGAUACAGAGUCCGCGAGGAAAAAAGUGCAGUGGACAUAGAAUCCAAGCAGCCGAGCAAGGAAUCCUUGUGUCAGUACGAGGUGGAUGUGGCGUGGACUGACCUGAUAAGUCACCCAGCAGAAGGGGAGUGGCAAAGGAUCGCGCCGCUCCGAGUCCUCAGCUUUGACAUUGAAUGCGCUGGAAGAAAAGGGAUCUUCCCAGAAGCUGACAAAGACCCGGUGAUUCAGAUUGCGUCCAUGGUGCAGCGCCAGGGCGAGACGGAGCCCUUCAUCCGUACGGUCUUCACGCUGCAGUCCUGCUCCAGCAUUGUGGGCUCUCAGAUUUUGUGCUUCACUCAAGAGAAGCAGCUUCUGCAGAGCUGGGCUGAAUUCCUCAGAACAGUUGACGCAGACAUCGUCACCGGCUACAACAUCCAAAACUUUGACUUCCCUUACUUGUUGAACAGAGCUGCUACUUUAAAGGCCGAUCUGUUUCCAUAUUUGGGCCGUGUGAGAGGGAUCAAGUCGGUGUUGCGAGACCUCAACUUCCAGAGCAAACAGAUGGGCCGCAGAGAGAACAAGAUCAUCAACAUGGAGGGCCGAGUUCAGUUUGAUCUGCUGCAGGUUCUUCUAAGGGACUACAAACUGCGCUCCUACACACUGAACGCUGUGAGUUUCCACUUUCUGCAAGAACAGAAGGAGGAUGUGCAGCACUCCAUCAUCACCGAUCUUCAGAACGGCAACGAACAGACCCGGCGACGUUUGGCCGUGUAUUGCCUGAAAGACGCCUAUCUGCCGCUGCGGUUACUUCAGAAGCUGAUGUGCGUGAUCAAUUACAUGGAGAUGGCCAGAGUGACCGGAGUGCCUCUGACCUACCUGCUGUCCAGAGGCCAGCAGAUCAAAGUUGUCUCGCAGCUACUGCGACAUGCCGCCAAGCAGAACCUGGUGAUGCCCGUGGUGAAGCCACAGGGAGGAGAAGAUUACACUGGAGCAACUGUUAUUGAGCCAGAGAAAGGCUAUUACAGCGUUCCCAUCGCCACCUUGGAUUUUUCCUCCUUGUAUCCAUCCAUCAUGAUGGCUCACAAUCUGUGCUACACCACCUUGGUGCAGAAAGGUGCCGCUGAUAAAUUGGGGUUGUCACCAGCAGACUUCAUCAAGACACCCACUGGUGAUCACUUUGUGAAGAGUUCUGUGAGGAAAGGCCUACUACCCGAGAUUCUGGAGCACUUGCUGUCAGCCAGAAAGAGGGCUAAAGCAGAGCUGAAGAAAGAAACGGACCCUUUUAAGAAGCAGGUGCUGGAUGGUCGGCAGCUGGCCCUCAAAAUCAGUGCAAACUCGGUCUAUGGAUUCACGGGGGCUCAGGUGGGCAAGCUGCCCUGCCUAGAGAUCUCCCAGAGUGUGACAGGGUUUGGAAGACAGAUGAUUGAGGAAACCAAACGGUUGGUGGAGUCCAAGUACACCAUUUCCAAUGGUUACCAAGGCGAUGCCAAGGUCAUCUAUGGAGAUACGGACUCUGUCAUGGUGAAGCUCGGUGUCGCCACGGUGCAGGAGGCCAUGAACGUCGGGAGAGAGGCUGCAGAAUGGGUGUCUUCCCAUUUCGUAGCCCCCAUCAAAUUGGAAUUUGAGAAGGUGUACUUCCCCUACUUGCUGAUCAACAAGAAGCGCUAUGCCGGCCUCUAUUUCUCCUCCAAAGCAGACGUUCACGACAAGAUGGAUUGUAAAGGCAUUGAAACAGUCCGUAGAGACAACUGCCCCCUUGUGGCCAACCUUAUUAACACUUGCCUGCAGAAAAUCCUCAUAGACAGGGAUCCCCAGGGUGCAGUGACGCAUGCCAAAGAGGUGAUCUCUGACCUGCUGUGCAACCGCAUCGACAUCAGCCAGCUGGUCAUCACCAAGGAGCUGACCCGAACGGCGCAGGAGUACGCUGGCAAGCAGGCGCAUGUGGAGCUAGCUGAGAGAAUGAAGAAGCGAGACGCAGGAAGCGCCCCUAACCUGGGAGACCGAGUUCCUUACGUCAUCAUCAAGGCUGCCAAAGGAGCCGCAGCAUACAUGAAGUCAGAGGACCCCAUCUAUGUACUGGAAAACAACAUCCCCAUUGACACACAACACUACCUGGACCAACAACUAUCCAAGCCCUUGCUGAGAAUAUUUGAGCCCAUUUUGGGAGAGACCAAAGCAGAGAGCGUCCUCCUCAAGGGCGACCACACGCGCUGUAAGACAGUGUUGACGUCGAAGGUGGGCGGCCUGAUGGCGUUCGCGCAGAAGAGGAGCACUUGCAUUGGCUGCAAGGCUGUCCUGAAAACAGACACUGCUGUGUGCGAUUUUUGUAAGAAGAAGGAGUCGGAACUGUACCAGAAAGAGAUUUUCCAUUUAAACACCCUGGAGGAGCGUUUCUCCCGACUGUGGACUCAGUGUCAGCGCUGCCAAGGCUCCCUUCAUGAAGAAGUCCUCUGCACCAGCCGUGACUGCCCCAUCUUCUACAUGAGGAAGAAAGUUCAGAAAGAUCUGGAUGAUCAGAGCAAGAUGGUGUCUCGUUUUGGAUGGUGAGACAAUGUGGUUCAGUUCACUUCUGGAUAUGUUACAUCACUGUUUUUGGGAUGAUUGUAAAAAUGCACAAUUCUUUGUAUUUUCUUAUAUGAAUAAACUGAUAUCCUUUUCAACCUAA